CUCGCACACACACAUCUCUGCACGGAGCCCGGCACAGCCAUGUCCCGUCAUUAACCCCUCAGUGACUCAGGAUGUCAGUGCAGGAACUGCUGCAGCUCCCGGAGAACUCGCGAUGUGCAGACUGUGGACAGCCAGAACCAGUCUGGGCCUCUUGUAAUGUUGGGGUUUUCAUCUGUCUGGAGUGCUCGGGGGUUCACAGGAUCUCCGCUAUAGGCAAAGUGAAAUCUACACAACUGGACUACAUGGAACACGACCUGAUACAGUUCAUGCGAUGUCACGGGAAUAAGAAGGCCAGAGAUGAAUAUGAAGCCUUUGUGCCUCCAUUUUAUUACAAACCUACUGAAAAGGACUGCAGGGUGUUGAGGGAACAAUGGAUCCGAGCAAAAUACGAGCGGCGAGAGUUCAUAUCCAAUAAAAAGUCCCCGUACGCAGUCGACUAUAAAGAAGGCUUCCUGUGGAAGAAAGGGCGAGACAAUGGACAGUUUUUAAAGAGACUGUUCAUCUUCUCCGAGAGCGAGGGCUUGCUGAAGUAUUACACUAAAGAGAAACGUUUUGGACCAAAGGGGACGUUUGCUAUUAAGAGUCUGAAUGCCAUGUUCCAAUGUGAGAAGAUGAAGCUUGAGCAUGGGCUGGAGAUCACGUGUGUGCACGGCGGGCGGACCAGAAGUGUAUACGUGUAUCACAAGGACGGGGCGGAGAUUGUCACCUGGUAUAAUGUCCUCCGCUCAGCACGCUUCCGCUACCUGAAGAAGGCAUUUCCAGAUGUUCCGGAGCAGGAGUUAAUACCGAAGAUCAGCCGCAGUUACACCAAAUGUGGAUACAUGGAGAAGACCGGACCCACUCAGAAAGAACCCUUCAAGAAACGGUGGUUCAACCUGGACUCCGAGGAGAGGAAGCUGCUGUACUACAAGAAACCGCUGGACCCUUAUGAACAGGGCGGGGUCUUCAUUGGGAGCAGCGAGGCCGGGUACCAGGUAACGGGGGAUUUGCCAAGUGGAAUGAGAGGGAAGAAGUGGGAGGCGGGAAUCACCAUCCGGACACCGCAGCGGGAAUUCAUCUUCACCUGUGAGAACAUCAAGGAGCAGAAAGAGUGGCUGCAGGAGCUGCGAGAGGUCGCAUCCCGACCAAUGAGCGCUCACGACACAGCAGAGGAGGCCGCAUUCCGGAAAGCAGCUCAGGACUGAGGGACAGGCCCCCGGACCCACAGAGGAAAGCGCUGGCAGGUGAAGCAGGAUGGGCCGUCGCCUGCAGCCGAUGGGAGGAGACGCCGAGAACAAGACCCCGCGACUGCCCCCCACAGCAGCGGACAACAACCCCCAUCUUCUAAUAAAGAUGAUGACACCGAGAGCAGAUGGCAUAAGGUGCGGCGUUCAGCCUCCCUCAGACAGAAACACUCUACCUGUGUUCAGAAUAGGGGA